CUGUAUUGCAGGAAUGUCAUAAUCACCCAGAAUGUGUGGGAAUUCGUAAAGCAGAAGUCUAUCUCAACCUACAAAAAGCUGAACAAGUUUGUCUAUGAAGAUAAAGAUCCUCGAUUCGCUGUUUUCAUGAGCGAAUUUCAUCAUAAAACAUUCGUGCGUCAGGAGAUUGGCCUUAGUGAUGCGCUCAGACGGGAAAGGGUGCUUCACGUCUGCGCCAACUACUUGAAAGACCAUUGGGCGAAGUAUAAUAUUGUCCCAGUUGUUCUCUGUGCCGAAGAAGACGUUUUGGCAAGGUUGCAAAGCAACUACGACAUGACUUUUACUAUCAAGCAGUAUGUUGCAGGCAUGAAAGAUCCAAGAAAACAAGAAAUUUUGGAUAGUAUGGCUGCGUAUGACUCCUCAAGUGCUGGUGGAAAAAUAAUCUUUGAGAACUACCUGUCUCAUGACGAGAUCACUGAAGGCAUUGCUCGUGGUGUGAUCAAAAAGGGAACUUUCGCAGUUUCACGGGAGAACUAUCGCGAAGCUUAUGUUAUGGUAGACUCAAGCACUAUGACUUCCUGGUUCAUUCAAGGAACUAACUGCAAUAGAGCCAUUGAUGGUGAUAUUGUUGCAGUACAACUGUUACCUGAGGAUGAGUGGACUUUACCAGAGAAGAAAGUUUGCCUACGUGACGUCGAAGAUAUGGAGUUAAAAUCCAGUGAUUAUGAAGCCGAAGAAUCAGACGAGGAUGUGCCCAAGGUGAAACGAGCAAAAAUCGCUCCCCUUCCCACGGCUAAGGUUGUAGGAAUAAUGAAGCGAAAUUGGAGGCCAUAUUGUGGCAUUUUGAUGCGUAGCCAGCUCAAAAGUGCUCGGCGUCAUCUUUUUUGUCCCAGCGACCGACUUAUCCCGAGGAUUAGGAUUGAAACUGAGCAGGCUGACAUUCUUGAAAGUCAGAGGAUUGUGGUUAGUAUUGACCAAUGGCCUCGUGACAGUAGAUAUCCGCUUGGACAUUAUGUGCGUGCGCUUGGCAAAAUUGGUGAUCAAGAAAUUGAAAAUGAGGUUCUGUUGCUGGAACACGAUAUUCCACACGCUCCUUUUUCGGAUGCUGUGUUGGAAUGUUUACCUGGAGAAAACUGGAAACCAGAUUUGCAACCACCACGUAUUGAUUUGCGACACCUUACUAUAUGCUCGGUCGAUCCACUAGGUUGCACUGAUAUUGAUGAUGCCUUGCAUUGUCGCCCUCUUGAUAACGGAUUCUUGGAAGUUGGAGUGCACAUAGCUGAUGUGACACACUUUGUCAGAAGUGGUACCGCAAUCGACGAAGAAGCUGCGAGUCGAGGAACUACUGUUUAUCUAUGUGAUCGAAGGAUUGACAUGUUACCUGCCAUGCUCAGUAGUAAUCUUUGCUCACUGCGUGGUGGUGAAGAAAGGUAA